GGCGUGAUCAUCUCAGAAUCCCUUUCACCACUCUCACAACCGGAUUUCGGGGGGUGUCACUGACCGGGGGUAGACUGACUGACUGACUGACUGAGGCUCACCAGCGAUCAUGUCUCGUUCGCUCUUGAUUCCUUCCUUGUUGCUCCGCUGUUUGAGUUCGCCAGUCACAUCCACCUUACUGGCCAGAUCGCCGUGUCAGCCGCAGAUUCCUGGGCACAAAGUCUCUUCUGCGGCCUAUUAUCAUCAUGGCGUGUUCCGAACCGAGUCCAAUGUCUGGACCAGACACAGUGCCUCUGUGUCGGAUUGUCCCAUUGAUUCGCCAUCACGGUCCACCCGUUCCGCUUCCACUAUGGCCCCCAUCAGCUCGCAAUAUGUGCUGCCCAAUGAUCAGCCCGUUAUCAUGUUGGACGCCAUUGCGGCCUUCCAAGCCUUGAGUCCCCGUGAAAAGUUGUACGCUCACUAUUUGAGUCGGGCUUCGUUUUUCGGUGGACUGAUCGUCUUGCUGCAAACGUCGCUGGAAUCGCCGCAAAUCUUCCGACUCAUUCAGAGGAUCCAUUUGGGUCAAAGCACGGAAGAGUUGAAGGCCGCGGUUAUCAAGGCUGGAUUGACGGAAGAGGACUUUCAAGCGUUUCUAGUCUACGGUUCCGGAGUGUAUGCCAAUAUGGGCAAUUACAAGGGCUUUGGCGAUUCCAAGAUCAUUCCCAAUUUGCCCGUCGAGUCUUUCGAGACCUUGAUCAAGGCAUCGGCCGCCUACAAGGCCGAUACCAAGACCAUGGACGAAAUCUGGAGCUCCAUCAAAGAGCAGAUGUACUCCUUGACAGAACGGCAGAAGCAAUUGGGCUUGGGAGCCAAGGGCGUGACCAAGUACUUCAGUGACAAUUGUACCACCGAAGACGCCGACAAGAUCAAUCGAUACCUCCAAUCCAAGAAGAUCGAAGGCUACAUGAACCGGGCCAUCAAGACCGAAAAAGACGGACAAGUUCGAUACGAAAUCCGACAUGCGGGAGUAGCGGAGAAGGAGCUCUCGGAAGAGGUCUUCGAAGGCGCUACUUUUGUUGUGACCUCUGGAGAUUACUCCAAACUUUUAGCCUUGGUCAACGAGAAUCUUGGUCUUGCCAAGGGUUUUGCCUCUAAUUCAAAUGAAGAGAACAUGUUGGAUAACUACAUCAAGGCCUUUGAAUUGGGUAGUUUGGAUGCUCACAAGGAGGGAAGCCGUUAUUGGAUCAAGAACAAAGGCCCCGUGAUCGAGACCUACAUCGGGUUCAUCGAGAACUAUCGCGAUCCCUUAGGCAUGCGAGGCGAAUUCGAAGGAUUCGUGGCCAUGGUGAACAAAGAACAAUCGGCCAAAUUCCAGGUGUUGGUGGAAAAGGCAGAAGAUUUCCUGCCUAGACUGCCUUGGCCAAGAGAAUUCGAAAAGGACAAGUUUCUCCUACCUGAUUUUACCUCAUUGGAUGUCCUGUAUUUUUCUGGAAGUGGCAUUCCGGCUGGAAUUAAUAUUCCCAACUAUGACGAGAUUCGACAAUCGGAAGGUUUUAAGAAUGUGAAUUUGGGCAAUGUGAUCGCCUCCUCCUACAAGACCGAUUCUAAAACGACCUUUGUCUCGGAAACUGAUCACGAGAUCUUGAAAAAGUGGCGCGUGCCAUCCUUUGAAGUCCAGGUUGGCCUUCACGAACUGUUGGGCCAUGGAUCUGGCAAAUUGCUGCAAAAAACCAAAUCCGGUGAACUGAACUACCCCAAGGACUUGAAGAACCCGUUGACCGGUGAAGAAGUCGCGAAAGUCUACGAAGCCGGCGAGACGUUUGAUUCCGUGUUUACCAGCCUUGGAUCAAGUUACGAAGAGUGCAGGGCAGAAGCCGUGGGCCUUUAUUUGAGCACCUACAAGGACGUGACUGGCAUUUUUGGUUACAAUGAGAAUGCGGAUGAUUUGAUCUAUGCCAAUUGGCUCUCGUUGUGUCACGCAGCCUUGAAAGGUGUGGAAAUGUUCAGUCCCGGAACCAAAGAAUGGAAGCAAGCUCACUCGCAAGCCAGAUUUGUCCUGCUUCAGGUGAUGAUUGAAGCUGGUCAAGGGUUUGUGGAUGUGAACGAGAUCACCGGUGAGGACGGUAAGCCCGAUCUCAUCUUGACCAUUGAUCGGACCAAGUUGGAGAGUGUGGGAAAACCCGCCAUUGGCGAGUUCCUCAUGAAGCUUCAAGUGUACAAGUCCUUGGGCGACAUCGAGAACGCCAAGAAAAUGUACGAUGAACUGAGCGAGGUCAAGGACACCGGUUCUCACCCUUUCGGAAAAUGGCGGGAAAUCAUUCUGGCUCGAAAGACGCCCCGGAAAAUCAUGGUCCAACAUAACACUGUCAACAAAGACCAAAACGUGGAGGUCUUGGAUUAUCACUCAUCUCACGAAGGUAUGGCCAAAUCUUGGGUGGAUCGUCUCCCGGCCGACGAAUAUGUCCGGGUUGAUGCCAUUUUGGACGAGCUCUACCAAAAAGAUCUACCCCACUUCAGUUCCAACGCCUAAUCAUUUUAAGUUAUCACUCGCCCCUCAGGGUGUUGUAUCAUUUGCUCCAUGGGUCCAUUGUCUUACCGAGUCUUUCCAAUCUUAUUGUUAAUACAACGCGACAAGAUCCUA